ACGAAUUUGCUGGAUAUAGAAGCGAUACGAAAAGAGUCCAGUGAAUCUAAAUCCUCCAGUCUGCAAUCGGCCAAUCUCAUAUCAUCAGCCGUUACAGCCAGUAGCGCUCCACGAGUUUCUCCCGAUGAAACACUGAGGAAAGAUUCACCAACAUCAAUGGACGAUGAUCUGCAGCGUAAAAUCUCAUCUGUUUCUGAUUCUUACGAAGAGGAUGUUGUGCCACCCGAGUCGGAUGCGACACCGUAA